UGAUUACAGCCGGUUUUCAGUGCGAUGCCGGUACCGCUUACAGCGGGGAUGUAGAUUCGUAGCGUCCCCGAAAUAUCUGUGUAUUCCUUAUCGCGUGAAAUUCGGCCGAUGAUUGUCUGAAAAAAAUCUUUGGAAGAAGGAAAAAAAAAAAAUUUAUUUUCAAAUUUUUAAAUCACAGAUCGCGGAGCAAUUCAAAUUCAAAAAAUCACUCAUCCGGUGCGUACACAGUGAUAGUUUUGUAACAAUUACCGAACCGAAUCUGUAUGGGAUCUUUUAAACUCUACCGUGCGAGUGAUUACGAUAGACGCGAUAUUCGAACUAUGAUAAUUUCAAAAAAAGGAAUCACAAAUUCAAAAUUUUUAAACGAAUUCAAAAUUCUUCGACAUUCCUGAUUUGUUGUACAUCUCAAAUCCGCGAAUAGGAUAUCGAAAAAUUCACCGUGAAUAUAGGUAAAAAUAAUUUGAAAGUUGAGUGAAAUUAAUAACGUGACUCAUCGUGGUAAAGUUUAACUUUUAACAACGGUAGAGAAAAAUAAAUAUUUCAAAAGCUAAGUCAGCACGUGCACAUAGUGCCGUUGAACUCUUAAUUUGCAACGCGUAGGUAUAUUUAAAUAAAUUCAUUAUACGGCGACGUGUGCGUGUGUUUCCAUUCCGAUAUACAUAUAAAAUAAUGAUAAUGAUGGAAACAUGAUCCACGAGCGGUACGUGGAUUUCAAGAACCUGAUUUUCAGUCACACUACACCAUAGAAGAAGCUACCUGCGAUCGCGAGCACGAUCAGUUUCCACCGCAUCUUCGGAUCGUCGUGAUAAUAAUUUUGAAUUCUAAAAAAAAAAAAGAAAAAAAACAAACUCCAAAACGGCACUAAAAUAGAAUCGAAUAAACCUGUGCUUUUUUUGCUCUAUUCUGUGCCACUGCAUACAUAUACAUAUAUAUACACAGUAGUCGGAUGCUCUUGGAGCCGCCGUUGUCAUCUGGUUACAAGAAGGGUGCGGAGUGCUCUGCAGUUAUGUGAUGGGUUUUCAUUGUGCGCCGAGCGCCUGCAGGAUACGUGGAUGUGUAGGUAUUAUUCGUACAGGUCCUUUCGCCGCCCACGCAUACGUGUGCACCGUUCACACAGCAUCCCGAUGUCUUCGGUAUACGCUCUCACGUGAAACGAGCGGAGUUAAACGGUGAAAAUCUCAUGCAGCAGGGCCUGCAAGGAUGCCCUCGAAGAAGCAGUACAAUCUCGUUCACAAUGACGACUACGACACGAGGAUUCCGCUGCACAGCGACGAAGCAUUUCACCGCGGUAUCAUCUUUCACGCCAAGUUCAUCGGAUCCUUGGAGGUACCAAGGCCGACGAGCAGAGUGGAGAUCGUGGCGGCGAUGCGGAGAAUUCGGUACGAAUUCAAGGCGAAGGGAAUCAAGAAGAAAAAAGUGACGCUCGAAGUUUCGGUUGACGGUUUAAAGGUCACCCUACGAAAGAAGAAGAAGAAGCAGCACUGGAUGGACGAGAACAAAAUAUUCCUCAUGCAUCACCCGAUUUACAGGAUAUUUUACGUAUCCCACGACAGUCACGAUCUGAAGAUAUUCAGUUACAUCGCCCGUGACGGUAACAGCAACUCCUUUAAAUGCAACGUCUUCAAAUCUAGCAAAAAGAGCCAGGCGAUGAGGGUGGUGAGAACCGUCGGGCAGGCCUUCGAGGUAUGCCACAAACUGAGCCUAAAUUCCGCCCCGGAGGACCGCGAGAGGGAAGCUAACCGAGAGGGUGGGCGAGAUCCUCUUCACCACGACGACGAUUACGAGGACCAGGACGAUACCGCGAGUCAACGUCCCCCGCCCACACCGCCCCCCGUUCUCAAGGAAAUAUCUCUGCUCACUCCGGCGAUGGACGGCGGUGAUUCCACACCGGAGAUCACCGCAUCGUGUCUUCUGAGAUCUCACGAACCCCCCGUAACUACGGCGUCAACGACACCGAUAAGACAAUCGCCUUCGGCGACGAUGACGUCGGAUUGCGGUAUGCUGGCGGGCGGGGAAUUAACCGCCCUGAAACAUGAGAUCCAACUCCUCAGGGAGCGACUCGAACAACAGGGACAACAAACCAGAGCUGCCGUGGCACACGCUCGACUCCUCCAGGAUCAAUUAGCCGCCGAAACCGCCGCCAGAGUCGAAGCUCAGACGAGGACGCAUCAGCUUUUGGUACAGAACAAGGAACUCCUGGAGCACAUCGGUGCCCUGGUAGGUCAUCUCAGGGAACAGGAACGGUCCGGUUCCGGUCACGUUACCACAGCCCCCCAGGGACCACCUGGUCCUCCAAUGUCGGCGACGACCACUGUCCCCGACCUUUCGACCCUCGGCCAGCCUUCUCAGCGGGCCGGGGCGCCGAGUUCACCUUGGGAGUUGGAGCCGCCUUCGUUCGCAUUUUAUUCCUACCCACCGGACUCUGUCUACACUCCGACGCCGGGUAACGUCUUGGGUAGCCAAGGAUUGAACGCCUCGAACGACCAACUGCAUUUCCAGGCCCAGUUGCUCGAACGCCUCCACAAUCUCGCACCCUAUCAAUCUCAAGCCCAGCAAAGGUCGCCGUACGCUACACCAUCGCCUUACCCCAUGGGCACCGGUCUUCUUUUACCCCCUACGAGCAACAACAGAUCUUCGGGCUCGGCGCAAGCUUCUCCGAUCUCUACGUCGCUGAGAGUCUCGCAGCCAAACAGUUUCUCCCCGUCGCCGGUGACGCCGCACGGAACAGAAAAUUACAACACGUCCUCGAGUCUGGAGAGCAACAGCGAAGACCAGCAGCAGCAGCAUCAGCAGCAGCAACAACAUCAUCAUCGGGCAGCUUUUAUCAAACCACUUCCGCAGGGACAGAUGACUCACAGUGUCCAAAGCCUCCUGGCUGGCGAUAUUGACUCGCCGAGGCUCAGGACGAACCACGUUGACGAUGUUCCCCCCGUUGUACUCGAUCCUCCGCCCCAGGGGAGACGAUCCGCGGGGAUCGACAACCGCGGCAACGAUCCACCACCGACGACGAGCGAUAAGAAUUCGUACGUCGGCACUCUGAGGGCCAAAAAAAAUCACCCGGAUACCGGGGGACGCGGUAACACCGCCGCCGUAAGACCCAACGACGGUCAAAAACAUUUGGUACACUUUUUAGGGGCCUCCGGACCACCACCGUCCAGAACAACGAGCGCGAGACUUCCGUCGAGGAGCGAACUCAUGACGGAAGUCCAAAGGACUACCUGGGCCCGCCAUACGACUAAGUAACUUGAUUUAUUUUUUCAGUUUUUUUUUUUAUUCACUUGGUUUUUUAAUUUUUUCUUUUUGUCAUCGUUACCUGUCAACGGGCUACUUUUGCGAGGGAUCAAUGGAUAUGAGCGAUUGAAAUUUUAAUUUGAGAGAGUGCAGGUGAAUUCUGUAUUUUGCUUAAUCGGAUAUAGAUUGUUGUAAUAUACAAUGUGAAAUUGAGAGACAAGUCUUUGGAGCUUAGCAAUGAGCGAUCGAAUUGUUGAGGUACUCCCAAUACAGUAGCGUUUAAGAUUAUAGUAAAUUAGACGUACCAUAUCACGCAGAUAUAAUGUAGCGAAAAAUUUGGAGAAAUAUAUUGGAGAUGAUAUAUUUUUCGUUCAAAUUUAUCCGAUAGGUCACAACAAUAGAAGAGAUGACUAUAUUAAUAAUUAACAUAUCAUAAAUUUAUUCGAGUUAUUAAAAAUUCGGCAGCAGGGCAAAAAGUAAAUAGAUGAAAUAAAGUAUUUGCCAAAUGAUCCCGAGAACCGCGGCGCAUUAAAUGGCUAAAAUAUUCUCAAGGGUGAAACGGAUCAGCUUCGGUUGGAUAAAAUUUAUCCAAAGUGACUUUAUUUUUAAGAAAUAAUCACACAAGUAUUAAGAAUAUAAUCAUUCUACGCCCGGCCGCACCCUUUUCGGUCCUCGUUAGUCACGAAUUAUCGCUCGUAAGCGUAAAACACCUCGGUGCGUAUCUGGGAUGAACAAAUCACCAAAAAAAGUAGCAGCUCAUCGAUACCUCAAAAC